GUAGAUACAGAGAAUAUUUUGUCAUUCUUAACGUGUCCUACGAAAUUCUGUCUCGUAAGAAUUUACAUUUUUUUCGUUCUGGUCUCUUCCUCCCCUUUCUUUUCUCUAAUUUUUUUUUGGUGGGGAUCUAACCCCUCAUUUCCCUCUAGGUUUAAUCCUUGAAAUACCGUAUAUACUCUCGUAUAAGACGAGGCUUAAAAUAGCAAAUUACGAUCAAAAACAGGGGGUAGCCUUAUACACCACACGACAUACAAAUUUUUAAAAUCAUAUUUGUCUUAUGUACAGAUCGUCCGUAACACGCAAAUAUAGGAGAAUACUUUAGAAAAACAGGAUUUGUGUUUUCUAUUAUUAACAAAGGGAUAUUUAUACCCGAUAUUUAUAGGUUUUGUGGAAAAAACCAAUGGGUUAUAUAUAAGCUUAUAACUCAGUGGAAAUAACCAAGACGAUAAUUUUAGCAUGCAAAUCCUCUGUUUAAAGAUCAUUUACUGCCAGUCUUUCGUUCAUGAAAGUUGUGUAAUUACUUUGUUUGCAAGAAAUUUAUCAACAAUAAUAAAAUACAUUUCAUUUUGUUGAAAAAAGUAGGAUUACAUCAGUGCUGACACAAUAUUGUGUGAUGUUCUAUAGUUGGAUUGAACUGUGAAGGUCUUUUAUUAAGGUGUACUUAACCAGCACUAUGAAAGUGACCUCGGAUAUACUCUUUAUAAGUGAAGACAAAAUGUGGAUUAAGGAUGUUUUGAGUUCUGCCAAAAAAGAGAGGCCUGAUCUUGUGUGCACAAGCGAGGAAGAUGGGAUUGGUGGUAGAGAGCUGGUGAAUAACAUAAUUGCAUCUAUUGAAAGAAGCAAGACAGUAGUAUUUGGAUUUUCAGGGACUGAAGAGACUGAUUAUACAAAAUUUGCUGCAUACCAUGCUCUUCAUAGCAUACUGGAAACAAAAAGUCUUGAUAAAUCCAGGCUAUUAUUUUUUAAGUUAUCAGAAGGUGCUAUUAUUCCACCUGAGUUUCGUCCACUUAACGAAGCCAUUGAUUGCAAAGAAAGCCGACAGCAAAUAUUCGCAAUUGCAGAUAAAUUUGGUGACACUCCAAUGCAAGAAAAUGUGAAGAAUAUGAUAUCAGAUCGUUUGAAAAAAAAAGGGAAUGAAGAAUUAUCAGAGGAAUGGUCUGUAGAAAUUAAACAGGAUAACGGAUCAGACCCUGUUGAUUCAAACAAAGACGAAAACAUGAAGAGUAUGACAUCAAAUCAUUUUAAACAAAAUGGGCAUGAAAAAUUACAAGAGGAGUGGUCUGAAGAAAUUAAACAGGAUAACGAAUCAGACCCUGUUGAUUCGAACAAAUACGAUUUUGACUGUUUGAUUGUAAGUGGUGGUGUUUAUGAAUGGGAAGAUGAAAUUUCUUCAAUUUUAAAGGAGCAUAAUCUAAAGGUAAUCUGUAGAAAGGACCUUAGACCUGCUUUUGGUGAAAAUUUGCAUGACGUUUUAAUAAAAGCAGCAUCAAAAUCUAAAAAAGUUGUUGUUGGGUUUAGCCGAGAAUCAGACAACUUUCCGAGUUAUAUUACAGGAGUAGUUAUUGACAGACAGUGUCGAAAGGAUGAUAAUUUUGGUGUGCUGGUACCUGUGAUAAUUUCAGAAGAUGCUGUUGUAGAAGAUUCUGUGAAACAUUUUAAUAUUCUCAAAGCAUUCAACGAUGAUUUUUCUGCACAUCUGUUGAAGACUUUGAAGGAAAGAAGUGUAAAUGUGAAAGUUAGCUGCUGCAAGAAUCCAAACUCUGCAAAGAAUAAGGAAAUUGAAAGGAUACUACAUGAGCAUGUAAAGGUUUUUCAAGAUCGCUGUAACAUACUUCGUGAACAAUUAACUGAAUAUUUCAAGAAGAAGGGACUUACGUUCAAGGGGAUUACAGUAGGAUGUAUCCUGUUGCACCUCUCUACACAUUGUCCUAGAGCAAUAAGACGUUUAUCCGAUGUUAAUGUACAAAAAGACAUUAUGAAAACACUUGCUGAUAUUUUACUAACAGGAGAUCUUACGAAAGUAUUUCUUCAGGAAUGGUCAAUGCGUAUUGACAUGGAGAAAUAUGAUGCGGCUUUGAUUGAACUGGAACCACAUAUGUGUCAAGUUCCAGAAGAAGUGAUAGCUAGAGGUAAAGAAGCUGUGCAGCUUUUUAAAAAGUUAGAACAAGGAGUUACCAAUCGGAAAGUAAUGAUUUGUGGCAGAGAGGAUGUUGCAAAAAUUCCUUUAGUAAAUGCUCUCCAUGGAAAAACAUUUAAUGAGUACGAACAAUCGACGAGAAGCAUAGGCUGUAAUGAGUGGCAAGAAGAUACUGACGACAUUGAUGUGUGUCAAGUUCCAGAAGAAGUGAUAGCUAGAGGUAAAGAAGCUGUGCAGCUUUUUAAAGAGUUAGAACAAGGACUUACCAAUCGGAAAGUAAUGGUUUGUGGCAGAGAGGAUGUUGCAAAAAUUCCUUUAGUAAAUGCUCUCCAUGGAAAAACAUUUAAUGAGCACAAACAAUCAACGAGAAGCAUAGGCUGUAAUGAGUGGCAAGAAGAUACUGACGACAUUGAUGAAAACGUGAAGAGUAUAAUGUCAAAUUAUUUGAAAGAACAAGAAAAUGAAGAAUUACCAGAGGAGUGGUCUGUAGAAAUUAAACUGGAUAAUGAAUCAGACCCUGUUGAUUCAAACAAAGACGAUUUUGACUGUUUGAUUGUAAGUGGUGAUGAUGAAUGGGAAAAUGAAGUUUCUUCAGUGUUAAAAAAGAAUAACCUAAACGUAAUCUGUAGAAAGGACCUUACACCAGCACCUGGUGAAAAAAUGCAUGACGCCUUAGUACAAGCAGUACCAAAAUCGAAAAAAAUCAUCAUUGGAUUUAAAAGCACAGGAUGGAACGGUUUUCCAAGAUAUAUGGCAGGAAUAGUUCUUGACAGACAGUGUCGAAUCGGUGAUGAUUUUGGUGUGCUGGUACCUGUGAUGAUUUCAAAAGAUGCCGUUGUAGAAAAUACCGUGAAGCAAUUUAAUGUUCUCAAAGCAUUCAACGAUGAUUUUUUUGUACAUCUUUUGAAAAUUUUGAAGGAAAGAAGUGUAAACUUGAAAGUUAGCUGCAAGAAUCCACACUCUGCAAAAUAUAAGGAAAUUAAAAGGGUACUACAUGAGCAUGUACAGGAAUUUCGAGAUCGCCAUAACGAACUUCAUAAACAAUUAACUGAAUAUUUCCAAAAGAAGGGACUUACGUUCAAUGGAAUUACAGUAGGAUGUAUCCUAUUGCACUUAUCUACACAUUAUCCUAGAGCAGUAAGGUGUUUAUCAGAUGUUAAUGUACAAAAAGACAUUAUGAAAAUGCUUGCAGACAUUUUACUAACAGAAGAUCUUGUGGAAGAAUUUCUUCAGGAAUGGUUGAUUCAUAUUGACAUGGAGAAAUAUGAUGUGGCUUGUGUUGAACUGGAACCAAACUAUUCACAGAAACCUAUAACAGGUGAGAGUGGACAAACUAUAUCGGAGAUGGAAAUGAAUCCAGCAGUUGACGAUGCGGCCAGCCUGUAUGCAGCGAGGGAAUUUGAAAGUGGAAGCAUGGAUGGAAGAAUCUUAAAUGAUAGUGAAGAUGCCUGUAAAGAUGAACUAGAACAUGAAACAAUGAAAGGAAAAAUCAAACAUAAAAGAACAAAAGAAAUUAUGAGGAAAAUGUCAGUUGAGCGAUCAAAUCAAGACAGUGAAGAUGCCCAUGAAGAUGAACCAGUCAAGUCAAUAAGGCAGUCAAAUCAAGCAAUCUCCGAGGAUGAUUACUAUGGGUUAUUGCAUGAUAUAUCAGAAUGGUAUGAUAGAAUUGACUCCAUCAGUAUGCUGAAAGUAUUGUACAGAGAUUUUGUGACUGAUGUUCAUACCGUACUAGAUGAAGCUAAUAAGAUGCGUGACUUGCUGGACAACUUGCAUACUUCUGGGAAUCUGAGUCCAACAGAUCUUAGUAUUCUGUAUGACACCAUAAAUAUAACUAAACAAUUUGAAUUCAAACCAAUGAAUGAGGGUCUGCUUCCAUUUUUCCAGAAUGUUAGGAAUUUAACAGUAUCAAAAUUCACAUCGCACAGGCAAAACCUUGUAAAACUAGGAAUGACAUUGAAUGAAGUGGAUGUAGCAACACUGGAUAGUCAGUUUAACACACCACUAAAGAAAUAUGAAGACAGCUGGCAUUUGAUAAGGGAUCUAGAGCACAGAAGAGUAAUCAGUGAAGAAAAUAUGAAAGUAUUCAUUGAAAGGUUGACGAAACUCCAACUCUUUUCAGCUCUCGAAGCUCUAGAAGGAUCACCAAUCAUUUCAGACGUGAAUCCACAAGAAAGGGAAGUAGACUAUUCAAAAUUCAGCCUACAUAGGCAACGACUGAUGAAGCUAGAAGCAACACUGACAUUGCAGGAUGAAACAGCGAUAAGUGGCAUGUACAAUAACCCAGUAAACGAGUAUGACGAUAGCUGGAGUUUCAUUUUGGAACUAGAAAAAAAGAGGAAUAAUUUGAGAAGGAAAUAUGAAGGCAUUCAUUGA